AUGGCACUGUUAGAGAGAGGAGAUCGGAUCGUCAUAAGAUAUUAUGACUACUUGCAAAAUUUAACCGUUAUCAAAGUAAAUGACAAGAAUCGUGAACAGCCCGAAGAGUAUCGCGUUAAACUUCAAGGAAUAAGUGGAGAAUUUUUUGACACGUCCUCGAUGAAUAUCCUUACCAAUGUCAUCAAAAAGAAAGAAAUAUUUAACAUCGCACUCAUUGACAAAAAUGAACUCGUAUUAACAUAUUCAACAUCUAAACAAUGUCUCAACACUCAGAUUUGGAAUGCUGAGAAUUUGAAACCCAAAAACGUCGGCAAUAAAUAUGAGAAGACUUAUGCAAAGAAGAACGCAUAUAAACCUGGACUUAAGCCGAACAAUUACGCAACAUAUAAUGCCAAACGUUAUACGGCCCAAGAUAGACUUAUGAAAUACCGUAAAACUGAGGAGCUACAAAUCGUUCAUCAAACUAAUAAAUUCAAACAGCCCGAAAAUAGACAACUGUACAACACCGAUAAUACACGUUAUUCAGCUCAAGACCGACUUAAAAAAUACAAGAACAUCGUUACUUCAAAAGAACCGCAGCUUAAACAAUAUGACAUUAAGACCACAGAUAUGAACCGAUUUGAAAUUGAAGAAAAAUGUUGCAAAGAACAAAAUCUCAGCACCGACAUAACAGAAGACCCAUGUACUAAGAAACGUACAUUAAAACUAGGCGAGACGCAAAAAAUAAUGAUAGUUCAAAAACGAACGAAGACAUGUUAUCUGGUACACACGAUGGAGAGUAGAAAGUCGGUAAUCACCUUGUGUGAUAAACUACGAAAAAUUGAAAAUAACUUAAAACGUAUCGAGAAAGUUGAGAAGUACGACAUGUGCUUGAUAUUUUUUGGCGCUGAAUGGUACCGUGGGAAAAUUAUGGACGAGACGAACGAUGGUAUGUUGAAAAUUUACUUGAUUGACACAGCACAAGUGAUGUUCUUUAAUCGAAAAGAAGUCUACGAGAUGCCAAAGCAUUUCGAAGGAGAGUCAUUAUUAAUUGAAAUCGUCGUAACACCUCCGCCAAAUGAAAUGCUGACUACUGUUUUUGCUAACGUAGAAGCAAUAAAAACUAUUGGACCGAGUACGGUGGUGAAACUGAUUUAAUAACUUGCUAUAUUGCCUUAUAACUCCUAUUAAUUUGCAUUCGACAGUCAACGAAUAUUCCCUACAGAAGUUUACAUGCUGACAAUGAUGUCUUUUUCCAUUAAAAAUACUCUUGUUUAUUUAUUAUGAACUAUUUUGCAUUUUCAUCCGACUUCUUUAUUUAUUGUUUAUAUAUUUGUUAUAUUUAUAUGUUUGUUGUUACAUUAUUUAAUUUUUCGUUUUUUUGCUAUAUUGUUAAAUUUUUUUGUUCAAUUUUCUGUUUAAUUUAAAUAAAGCUGUUCGACACUUAUAAAACAUUGUUAUCAUUUAAUUUUAACUUACUUAUUUUGUACAUCAAUUAGUUAAUACAAUUUCAAUUGUAAAUUUUCCAAAAAUUGCAGAUCA